AUGCUAGAUCUCGUCAUGAAUUUGACGACCUACAUAGCCAUUGUUGGAUUAGUAAUAGGUAUUUAUAUCCUCACACGACCAAAAUCGACUUCAUCGUUUCCUCUACCACCUGGUCCCAAGCCAUUGCCGAUAAUUGGCAAUGUCCACCAAGCUCCCAAGUCUCACGGAUGGAGGACAUAUCGUGAAUGGAGCAAGCAGUAUGGGCCCAUUGUUCACGUCAACAUGCUUGGACAGCCUGUCAUCAUUCUGUCUACAUCGGAAGUCGUCCACGACCUCCUGGCCAAGCGUGGAGCCACAUUUUCAGACCGGCCUCGUCUUUUUUUGGCUACCGAGUUGGCUUUGAAAGGACUCAAUAUUCUCAUGAUGAACUACACGGAGCAGUUCCGACAGCAUCAAAGGCUACAAGUUUCAGUGUUAAACUCGACCUCAACAGCCGCCUACCUUCCAUUCCAGACUCUGGAAUCACAGCAAUUAAUGCACGAUCUCCUGGAAAAUGCAGGCGGCGCUGGUGUUGAUGUCCAAGGAAUCUUUCAGCGAACAACCGCCAGCAUCAUCCAUAUGUUGCUGUAUGGCUUCCGAAUCAAAGACUCCAACGACCCUGUGCUUCGCACCGUUAUCGAACUCAACGACGAAUUUUCCGAUUUCAUCAAGGUUGGCGCGCACAUUGUUGACCAGUUCCCUAUACUUAACAAUCUACCAGGAUUCUUAGCCCCAUGGAAAACAAAGGCCGAAACUCACUACAAAACCAAGUACGAUUUGCGUAUCGAAAACUUUCGACGGGGCCUGGAGUCGGACGAUUGGACUAUAUCAAAACAUCUCAAAAAGACUGUUGAGAAAGAUGGCCUAGAUAUGCCUAUGGAUGAGCUGGCAUUUGAACUGGGUACUAUGAUCGAUGCCGCACUGGACGGAACUACAGACAGCUUAAUUUGGUUUGUGGUAGCUUGUAUCACACAGGAUCAAGGCUUCAUCGCAAAAGCACGCGAGCAGCUGUAUACUGUUGUGGGGCGCAAUCGACUUCCAACGCCAGAUGACAAACCUAACCUGCCAUAUAUCACCGCGAUCGUCGAAGAGAUAUUCCGUUGGCGACCUGCGGGUCCUGAGGGCGUCCCUCAUUUGAACCGGGAGGAGGCUACGUAUAAUGGAUAUAUCAUUCCCAAGGGAUCCGUUAUCAUUCCAAAUGUGUGGACAAUCUCCCGGGAAGAAGCUCUGUUCGGCUCAGACCCCGACGAUUUCAUACCGGAUCGCUGGCUCGAAGAGGACGGCAAAACUCUUAAAGCCUUGCCCACGGCCGUCUUCGGAUAUGGAAGACGUACCUGCCCGGGGCGAUAUUUUGCACGCAAUGUUAUCUGGAUUGUCGUUGCCCAAUUGCUAUGGUCAUUCGACAUCAAAGCUGGCCUAUCCGAGGAGACGGGCGAGUCUCUCCCGGUUGAUCCUAUUGCGUGUACAUAUGGCCUUGUUAUGCGGGCUUUGCCGUAUAAGGCUUCGUUCAAUCCUCGUGGUCCUUGGGUACGUGAAGUGAUUGCUAGAGAUGGUGACACUUACGGUACGGAUCAUGCCAUCAUGCUGAAUGAGAUUGGGGCAGAGUUUGCUUAA